AUGUCUUCGCCAAGCAAACGCCGUGAGAUGGAUUUGAUGAAACUGAUGAUGAGUGAUUACAAGGUGGAGAUGAUCAAUGACGGCAUGCAAGAGUUUUAUGUGGAUUUCAAUGGACCCAAAGAGAGUCCGUAUCAGGGAGGUGUCUGGAGGAUAAGGGUGGAGCUACCAGAUGCUUAUCCUUACAAAUCUCCAUCUGUUGGCUUUGUCAACAAAAUUUACCACCCAAAUGUUGAUGAAAUGUCUGGAUCAGUUUGUUUAGAUGUUAUCAACCAAACUUGGAGCCCCAUGUUUGACCUGGUUAAUGUGUUUGAAGUGUUUCUGCCCCAACUUCUUUUAUAUCCCAACCCAUCGGAUCCAUUGAAUGGAGAGGCAGCUGCUUUAAUGAUGCGUGAUCGUUCUGCUUAUGAACAAAGAGUAAAAGAGUAUUGUGAGAAGUAUGCAAAGCCAGAAGACAUAGGUGGUGCUCCAGAGGAGAAAUCAAGUGAUGAUGAGGAUCUGAGUGAAGAUGAAUAUGACUCCAGUGAUGACGCAGUUGCAGGCCAAGCUGAUCCAUAG